UUUCGUCUUUCUCUACGUUUCAAACUGGAUAACGAAUUUCGUCAUUUACGUGGUGGUUACCACUACUCGACAUUCGGUCGAUUUCAGUAUCCGAGGUCGUGGUCGGUAGCCAAUGGACAAGAGCGACCUCCCUUCCAUCCUCUCGUGUCUCCCACCUCUCUUUCUCCUUUUCGCGGCUACUUCUAUUCGAUGCCCCCUCCCGGUCACUUUCACUACAAUCCUUUUCAUCCUUCACGUCCGAUUGGCUAUAGACCUUCCACAUCUGCAGCAGCAGCAUCGACGACGACGGCGGGGGUCGUUCCUCCGGUGACGAACGCGUUCAGUUCGAAUUCGAGUUCGUUAGACGAAGGAUGGAGCAGCGGAACGUGCAUCGAAGUGGUUCUAAAGGAAUUCGAACUGUGGCAGAAGUUUUCUAAAAUUGGCACCGAAAUGAUAAUUACCAAAUCGGGGAGACAACUGUUCCCGCUUAUCGUCGUGUCCGUGACGAACCUGGAGAAAGACAGUGUGUACAAAGUUGUGUUAGAGUUUGCCUGCAAUGACCGCCGCCGAUACAAAUUUAUCAAAUCGCAAUGGGUCUCCAGUCAGCAGUCUGACGCCACGUUUCCUGACCAAGACCCGUCAUUCGUGCAUCCAGACAGUCCUGCUACUGGAAAACACUGGAUGAAACAAGUUAUCUCGUUCAAAGCGGCCAAAUUGACAAACGACAAAGAUUGUCGUAAACCUACUCAUUGUGCGUACAUGUGUGCUUGUGGAUGAGCCCCGAGUGGGACUUGCACUAUGUGCGACAACAAUAAAUUUAUUCGGUCAUUCAGUCAUGAUGGCGUAACCCGUCGGUCUCGUUAAUUAACUGUGACGAUGUUUUUGUCCGUUUAGAUUGUACUCCAUUCAAUGCACAAG